AUGGAAACCUGUGACUCCCCUCCUAUCUCAAGGCAGGAAAAUGGGCAGAGCACAUCAAAGCUAUGUGGAACGACACAACUUGAUAAUGAGGUGCCAGAGAAAGUUGCAGGGAUGGAGGCUGACAGGGAAAACAGCCCCACGGAUGACAACCUGAAAACGGAUGAGCGCAAAAGUGAAGUCUUGCUGGGUUUCAGUGUGGAGAAUGCAGCUGCCACUCAGGUCACCUCAGCAAAGGAGAUACCCUGCAACGAAUGUGCCACUUCCUUUCCCAGUUUACAGAAAUACAUGGAACACCACUGCCCUAAUGCCCGCCUUCCCGUCUUGAAGGAUGACAACGAGAGUGAAGUCAGCGAGUUAGAGGACAGUGACGUGGAGAACUUAACCGGGGAGAUUGUUUACCAGCCUGACGGGUCAGCAUAUAUAAUCGAGGACUCCAAAGAAAGUGGGCAGAAUGCACAGACUGGGCCCAGCAGCAAACUCUUUUCCACGGCGAUGUUCCUGGACGCCCUGGCGCCCGCUGGCGAGAAGAGCGAGCAGCCUGCGUCCGCGCCCAUGUCCUUCUACCCACAGAUCAUCAACACUUUUCAUAUCGCUUCAUCCCUCGGGAAACCAUUUACAGCCGAUCAGGCUUUCCCAAAUACCUCAGCACUAGCAGGAGUCGGUCCUGUGUUGCACAGUUUCCGUGUCUACGAUCUCCGACACAAGCGAGAGAAAGACUAUCUCACCAGUGACGGCUCAGCCAAAAACUCCUGUGUGUCCAAAGAUGUCCCCCCCAGUGUGGACCUGUCCAAGUUCGAUGGGUGUGUCAGCGAUGGGAAGCGGAAGCCCGUGCUCAUGUGCUUCCUGUGCAAGCUGUCCUUCGGCUACAUCCGGUCCUUUGUAACCCACGCUGUGCACGACCAUCGGAUGACCCUCAACGACGAGGAGCAGAAGCUCCUCGGCAACAAGUGCGUGUCCGCCAUAAUACAGGGGAUUGGUAAAGACAAAGAACCUCUUAUAAGCUUUCUGGAACCAAAAAAAUCCACUUCUGUGUAUCCCCAUUUUUCUACUACAAACCUCAUAGGACCCGAUCCCACCUUCCGCGGUUUAUGGAGCGCUUUUCAUGUUGAAAACGGUGACUCUUUGCCGGCUGGCUUUGCCUUCCUGAAAGGCAGCGUGAGCGCCCCGAGCUCCGCCGAGCAGCCGCUCGGGGUCACCCCGAUGCCAAAGGCCGAAGUGAAUCUGGGGGGGCUGUCUAGUUUAGUAGUGAACACCCCGAUUACCUCCGUCUCCCUCAGCCACUCAUCGUCGGAAUCGAGCAAGAUGUCAGAGAGCCAAGUUGACCAAGAGAGCAACUGUGAGAGGCCAAAAGAAGGCAGUGCGCUGCACCCCAACGGGGAGUGCCCUGUCAAGAGUGAACCCCCAGAACCGGGAGAGGAGGACGAAGACGACGCCUACUCCAACGAACUCGACGACGAGGAAGUGUUAGGGGAACUCACCGAUAGUAUUGCUAGCAAAGAUUUCCCUCUCUUAAACCAAAGCAUUUCUCCUUUAUCAUCCAGUGUGCUAAAAUUUAUUGAAAAGGGUACCUCGUCCACCUCGGCUGCUGUCUCCGAGGACGCAGAGAAGAAAAAGCAGGCGGCGGCUGCCAGGGCCGGCGGCGCUGCUAAUAACUACAGCAUCGGGGGCAAGGACUUCGCGGAUGCAAUUGCCAGCAAGGACAGUGCCCCAGCUGCUCACCCAAAUGAAACGGCCCGGGGAGACGACGACAGCUCAGCUACUCCUCACCAGCAUGGCUUCACCCCGAGCACCCCCGGCACGCCCGGGCCUGCAGGAGACGGCUCCCCGGGCAGUGGCAUCGAGUGUCCCAAGUGUGACACGGUCCUGGGGUCCUCGAGGUCUCUGGGGGGUCACAUGACCAUGAUGCAUUCCAGGAACUCCUGCAAAACCCUCAAAUGCCCCAAGUGCAACUGGCACUACAAGUAUCAGCAGACCCUGGAGGCCCACAUGAAGGAGAAACACCCGGAGCCGGGAGGCUCCUGCGUUUAUUGCAAGACUGGACAGCCUCACCCCAGGCUCGCCCGGGGAGAGAGCUACACGUGUGGCUAUAAACCCUUCCGCUGCGAGGUUUGUAACUACUCUACCACUACCAAAGGCAACCUCAGUAUUCAUAUGCAGUCAGACAAGCACCUGAACAACGUCCAGAAUCUCCAAAAUGGCAACGGGGAGCAGGUCUUCGGCCACUCCGCCCCAGCCCCCAACCCCAGCCUCAGUGGCUGUGGGACGCCCUCGCCCUCCAAACCCAAACAGAAACCCACCUGGCGCUGCGAGGUGUGUGACUAUGAAACCAACGUGGCCAGGAACCUCCGCAUCCACAUGACCAGCGAGAAGCACAUGCACAACAUGAUGCUCUUGCAGCAGAACAUGAAGCAGAUCCAGCAUAACCUGCACUUGGGCCUGGCGCCGGCCGAGGCGGAACUCUACCAGUACUACCUGGCACAGAACAUAGGCCUGACCGGCAUGAAGCUGGAAAACCCUGCCGACUCUCAGCUGAUGCUCAACCCCUUCCAGCUCGACCCCGCCACAGCAUCUGCGCUGGCACCGGGACUUGUAAAUAAUGAGCUGCCGCCUGAAAUCCGGCUUGCCAGUGGUCAGCUAAUGGGUGAUGACCUGUCCCUCCUUACUGCAGGAGAGCUGUCACCUUAUAUCAGUGACCCAGCGCUGAAGCUAUUCCAGUGUGCUGUUUGCAACAAAUUCACCUCUGACAGCCUGGAGGCCCUAAGUGUGCAUGUGAGCAGUGAACGCGCUCUCCCUGAAGAGGAAUGGAGGGCUGUAAUUGGAGAUAUCUACCAGUGCAAGCUCUGUAACUACAAUACUCAGCUCAAAGCCAACUUCCAGCUCCACUGCAAGACUGAUAAACAUAUGCAGAAAUAUCAACUGGUGGCUCACAUUAAAGAAGGGGGCAAAAGCAAUGAGUGGAGGCUGAAGUGUAUCGCCAUUGGCAACCCCGUUCACCUAAAAUGUAAUGCCUGUGACUACUACACCAACAGUGUGGAUAAAUUACGCUUGCAUACCACCAAUCACAGGCACGAGGCGGCCCUGAAGCUCUACAAGCAUUUGCAGAAGCAAGAGGGCUCAGUGAAUCCGGAAUCCUGCUAUUACUACUGUGCUGUGUGUGAUUAUUCCACCAAGGUCAAGUUGAACCUGGUACAACAUGUCCGUUCGGUGAAGCACCAGCAGACUGAGGGCCUCCGAAAGCUCCAGCUCCACCAGCAGGGCCUGACAUCCGAGGAGGAGAACCUCAGUGAGAUCUUUUUUGUUAAAGACUGCCCACCAAAUGAGCUUGAAACGGCCUCUUUGGGAGCCAGGACCUGUGAUGAUGAUCUUACAGAGCAGCAGUUGCGAUUAACCUCAGAAGAACAAAGUGAAGAGACAGAAGGCACUAUUAAGGCUGCAACAGCUGCUGAAGAUGAUGAGAAAGACACGAAUGAGAGAGACAAUAGCGAAAACAAAAACUCUAAUAAAGACUCUGGAUUAAUCACACCAGAGAAGGAACUAAAAGUCAGUGUGGCCGGGGCAACCCAGCCACCCCUGCUGGCAAAAGAAGAGGAUGUUGCAACGAAAAGGUCAAAACCUACAGAGGACAACAAAUUCUGUCACGAUCAGUUCUAUCAGUGCCCUUACUGUAACUACAAUAGUAGGGACCAGAGUCGUAUCCAGAUGCAUGUCCUGUCUCAGCACUCAGUGCAGCCCGUCAUUUGCUGUCCCCUCUGCCAGGACGUCCUCAGCAACAAAAUGCACCUCCAGCUUCACCUGACACAUUUGCAUAGUGUGUCUCCAGAUUGUGUGGAGAAGUUGCUUAUGACAGUGCCUGUCCCUGAUGUCAUAAUGCCAAACAGUAUGCUCUUGCCAGCAACCACCUCUGAAAAGUUGGAGAGGGACACGCCUGCAGCCAUUGCGACUGAAGGGUCUGGGAAAUAUUCAGGUGAAAGUCCAAUGGAUGACAAAAGUAUGACAAGUCUUGAAGAGUCAAAGGCUAACAUGGAAAUUAAGAGUGAGGAGCAGAAACCAAGUAAAGAAUCCACAGAAGUGUCAGAAUGGAAUAAGAACAGUAGCAAGGAUGUGAAGGUUGCAGAUACACUGCAAGACCAACUCAGUGAACAGCAAAAGAGGCAACCGCUCUCUGUUUCUGACCGCCAUGUUUAUAAGUAUCGCUGUAACCACUGCAGCCUAGCUUUUAAGACUAUGCAGAAGCUUCAGAUACAUUCCCAGUAUCAUGCAAUUCGGGCUGCCACCAUGUGUAAUCUCUGCCAGCGGAGUUUCCGUACAUUCCAGGCUUUAAAAAAACACUUGGAAGCAGGCCACCCUGAACUGAGUGAAGCUGAACUCCAACAGCUGUAUGCUUCUUUGCCUGUGAAUGGUGAACUUUGGGCAGAGAGCGAAACAAUGGCCCAGGACGACCAUACCCUGGAGCAAGAAAUGGAGCGAGAGUAUGAGGUGGACCAUGAAGGGAAGGCAAGUCCUGUUGGAAGUGAUAGUAGCUCUAUUCCAGAUGACACGGGCUCUGAACCAAAGCGGACCUUACCUUUUAGAAAAGGGCCAAAUUUUACAAUGGAAAAAUUCCUUGAUCCAUCUCGCCCAUACAAAUGUACAGUGUGUAAAGAAUCCUUCACCCAAAAGAACAUUCUCUUGGUCCAUUAUAAUUCAGUGUCUCAUCUGCAUAAGUUGAAAAAAGUCUUGCAGGAAGCUUCCAGCCCUGUUCCUCAAGAAACCAACAGCAGCACAGAUAACAAACCCUACAAGUGCAGCAUAUGUAAUGUUGCCUACAGCCAAAGCUCCACAUUGGAAAUCCACAUGAGGUCUGUGCUCCACCAGACAAAGGCCAGAGCUGCAAAGCUGGAGCCCAGCAGCCACGUGGCUAGUGGGCACGGCAUGACCACAAAUGUGAACAGUCCAAGUCAAGGGAUGUUGGAUUCUCUGAGUUUAGCACCAGUGAACAGCAAAGAUACCCACUUAGAUGCCAAAGAAUUAACUAAAAAGCAAACUCCCGAAUUACUCCCGGCUCAGCCUGCCCACCACCCACCACAGUCACCAGCACAAAUUCAGAUGCAACUACAGCACGAGUUACAGCAGCAAGCAGCGUUCUUUCAGCCUCAGUUUCUCAACCCAGCCUUCUUGCCUCACUUUCCUAUGACCCCUGAAGCACUGCUGCAGUUCCAACAGCCUCAGUUUCUCUUUCCAUUCUACAUACCUGGGACCGAGUUCAGCUUGGGGCCAGAUCUGGGUUUGCCAGGCUCUGCCACCUUCGGGAUGCCUGGCAUGACAGGAAUGGCUGGUUCUUUGCUUGAAGAUUUGAAGCAGCAGAUUCAAACCCAACAUCAUGUUGGCCAGACUCAACUUCAGAUACUCCAGCAACAAGCACAACAGUACCAAGCCACACAGCCCCAGCUGCCAUCUCAAAAGCAACAGCAGCAACAACCACAGCAGCAGCAACAACAACCACCACCACAACAGCAACAGCAACAACAGCAGCAACAACAGGCAAGCAAAUUAUUGAAACAAGAGCAGACCAACUUAGUGAGUGCAGACUGCCAAAUACUGAAGGAAAUGCCAUCUUAUAAGGAGGCAGACGAAAAUGCUGAAAAGCAUGAGAAACCAAAGCAAGAACUUACGAGUGAAGGUGAAGGACUUAAGGACAGCAAAGAUACAAAGAAGCAGAAGUCCCAGGAACCAUCCAUCCCACCACCACGAAUUGCCUCAGGGGCGAGAGGAAAUGCCGCCAAAGCGUUACUGGAAAACUUUGGUUUUGAAUUGGUCAUUCAGUACAAUGAAAACAGGCAGAAAGUCCAGAAGAAGACCAAAAGUGGUGAAGGUGAAAACACUGACAAACUGGAAUGUGGAACGUGUGGUAAAUUGUUCUCCAAUGUUCUUAUUUUAAAGAGUCACCAGGAGCACGUCCAUGGGCAGUUUUUUCCCUGUGGAGCACUAGAGAAAUUUGCUCGUCAGUACAGAGAGGCUUAUGACAAGCUUUAUCCAAUUUCUCCGUCUUCACCAGAAACUCCACCCCCACCGCCUCCACCGCCUCCCCUGCCUCCAGCUCCUCCCGUGUCUCUGGACCUUCCUCUCUUUCCGCCCAUCAUGAUGCAGCCUGUGCAGCACCCUGCCCUUCCACCCCAGCUGGCACUGCAGCUGCCCCAGAUGGACACGCUCUCAGCAGAUCUCACUCAACUUUGUCAGCAGCAGCUAGGACUGGAUCCCAACUUCCUGAGACAUUCUCAGUUCAAACGCCCACGAACAAGAAUUACGGAUGACCAGUUAAAAAUCCUGAGGGCGUAUUUUGACAUCAAUAACUCUCCGAGUGAAGAACAGAUCCAGGAAAUGGCUGAAAAAUCUGGCCUCUCUCAGAAAGUUAUCAAGCACUGGUUUCGAAAUACACUCUUCAAGGAAAGACAGAGAAAUAAAGAUUCCCCAUACAACUUCAGUAACCCACCAAUCACGGUUUUGGAAGACAUCAGAAUUGAUCCACAGCCCAGCUCUUUGGAACAUUACAAAUCCGAUGCCUCUUUCAGUAAAAGGUCUUCUAGAACAAGGUUCACAGACUACCAGCUUCGGGUUUUGCAGGACUUUUUUGACACCAACGCUUACCCAAAGGAUGACGAGAUAGAGCAGCUUUCCACCGUUCUCAAUCUACCUACUCGUGUCAUUGUUGUGUGGUUCCAGAAUGCUCGCCAGAAAGCACGGAAAAGUUAUGAGAACCAAGCAGAAACGAAAGAUAAUGAGAAAAGAGAACUCACCAACGAGCGGUACAUUCGAACCAGCAACAUGCAGUACCAGUGUAAAAAGUGCAAUGUGGUUUUCCCCAGGAUUUUUGACUUGAUUACGCAUCAGAAAAAACAGUGUUAUAAGGAUGAAGAUGAUGAUGCCCAAGAUGAAAGCCAAACUGAAGACUCCAUGGAUGCCACUGAUCAAGUGGUGUACAAACAUUGCACAGUGUCCGGGCAAACGGAGGCGGCCAAGAGUGCGGCUCCCCCUGCUCCCAGUUCGGGCUCUGGGACUAGCACCCCUCUGAUUCCUUCACCCAAACCGGAACCUGAGAAGACUUCUCCAAAACCUGAGUAUCCCACAGAAAAACCAAAGCAGAAUGACCCUUCACCCACUUCUCAAGGCACCAAACCAGCCCUGCCAUUAGCAUCAACUUCCUCAGACCCACCACCACCGGCCCCCGCAGCUCAGACCCAGCCCCAGCCACCAAAACAAGCCCAACUUAUUGGAAGACCUCCUUCAGCCUCUCAAACCCCGGUCCCUUCCAGCCCACUGCAGAUUUCUAUGACUUCUCUCCAGAACACUCUACCUCCACAGUUACUCCAAUACCAAUGUGAUCAGUGUACAGUUGCCUUCCCCACUCUGGAACUCUGGCAGGAGCACCAGCACAUGCACUUCCUCGCUGCCCAAAACCAAUUCCUUCACUCUCCAUUUCUGGAAAGGCCUAUGGACAUGCCCUACAUGAUCUUUGACCCCAACAACCCCCUGAUGACCGGACAGCUGCUGAGUGGCUCUCUCACACAGUUGCCCCCUCAGACCAGCUCUGCCCAUGCCACUGCCCCUGCCACAGUGGCUGCUUCCCUUAAAAGGAAACUGGAUGACAAAGAAGAGAACAAUUGCAGUGAGAAGGAGGGAGGGAACAGUGAAGACCAGCAUCGGGAUAAACGCCUGAGGACCACAAUUACACCUGAACAACUGGAAAUCCUCUACGAAAAGUACCUGUUGGAUUCCAACCCUACUAGGAAGAUGCUGGAUCAUAUUGCACGGGAAGUGGGGCUGAAAAAAAGAGUUGUGCAAGUCUGGUUUCAGAACACUCGAGCUCGGGAAAGGAAAGGCCAGUUCCGAGCAGUGGGUCCUGCACAGUCUCAUAAGAGGUGUCCCUUUUGCCGAGCCCUGUUUAAGGCCAAGUCAGCCUUGGAAAGCCACAUUCGCUCUCGGCACUGGAAUGAAGGCAAACAGGCAGGUUACAGCUUGCCACCGAGCCCGUUAAUAUCAACAGAAGAUGGGGGAGAAAGCCCACAGAAAUACAUUUAUUUCGAUUAUCCAUCGUUGCCAUUAACUAAAAUUGAUCUCUCAAGUGAGAAUGAAUUGGCUUCCACAGUGUCAACGCCUGUUAGUAAAACAGCAGAGCUGUCGCCAAAGAAUCUUUUAAGCCCGUCUUCUUUUAAGGCAGAAUGUUCUGAGGAUGUUGAGAAUUUAAACGCUCCCCCCACUGAGGCCGGGUAUGAUCAAAACAAAGCGGAUUUUGAUGAGACAUCUUCAAUUAAUACCGCCAUCAGUGAUGCCACCACAGGAGACGAGGGAAACGCAGAGAUGGAGAGUACCACGGGGAGUUCAGGAGAUGUGAAACAUGCUUUGUCUCCCAAAGAGCCCAAAACACUUGACACUUUGCCUAAAACAGCCACUACGCCCACGGCUGAAGUUUGUGAUGACAAAUUUCUCUUUUCUCUCACGAGCCCCUCACUCCAUUUCAAUGAUAAAGAUGGUGACCAUGACCAAACCUUCUAUAUCACGGAUGACCCCGAUGACAAUGCUGACCGCAGCGAAACAUCAAGCAUCGCUGACCCAAGUUCACCAAAUCCCUUUGGAUCCAGCAAUCCUUUUAAAUCCAAAGGCAAUGAUCGACCGGGCCACAAGCGUUUUAGAACCCAGAUGAGCAACCUUCAACUCAAAGUCCUCAAGGCUUGCUUCAGCGACUACCGAACGCCCACCAUGCAAGAAUGCGAGAUGCUGGGGAAUGAGAUUGGUCUGCCCAAACGUGUGGUACAGGUGUGGUUUCAGAAUGCAAGGGCAAAGGAAAAGAAAUUCAAAAUCAACAUAGGGAAGCCUUUCAUGAUCAACCAGAGCGGAGCAGAGGGCACCAAGCCAGAGUGUACUCUCUGCGGGGUGAAGUACUCUGCCCGCCUGUCCAUCAGAGAUCAUAUUUUCUCCAAACAGCACAUUUCCAAAGUGAGGGAGACAGUAGGAAGUCAGCUUGAUCGGGAGAAAGAUUACUUGGCUCCAACCACGGUCCGACAGCUGAUGGCGCAGCAAGAACUUGAUCGUAUAAAGAAAGCUUCAGAUGUGCUGGGCUUAUCAGUCCAGCAGCCAAGCAUGAUGGACAGCAGCUCCCUCCAUGGCAUCAGUCUGCCCGCAGCCUACCCAGGACUCCCCGGCCUUCCUCCAGUCCUCCUCCCUGGAAUGAAUGGUCCAUCCUCUUUGCCUGGAUUUCCACAAAAUUCAAACUCCUUGACAUCUCCCGGUGCAGGCAUGCUUGGGUUUCCUACUUCAGCUACUUCGUCUCCUGCCCUGUCUCUCAGCAGUGCCCCCACCAAACCUUUGCUGCAGACUCCACCACCUCCACCACCACCUCCUCCUCCUUCAUCCUCUCUGUCAGGACAGCAGACCGAGCCACCGAACAAAGAAUCCGAGAAAAAGCAAAGUAAGCCAAACAAGGUCAAAAAAAUAAAAGAGGAGGAAUUAGAGGCCACCAAACCCGAAAAGCACCCAAAAAAAGAGGAAAAAAUCUCAUCUGCUCUUUCAGUGUUGGGUAAAGUCGUAGGCGAAACGCAUGUCGAUCCUACUCAGUUGCAGGCAUUACAGAACGCAAUCGCUGGUGACCCAGCUUCUUUUAUAGGCGGACAGUUCUUGCCAUAUUUUAUCCCUGGGUUUGCUUCGUAUUUUACACCUCAGCUCCCUGGAACAGUGCAAGGAGGAUACCUCCCACCUGUCUGUGGCAUGGAGAGCCUUUUUCCGUAUGGCCCGACAAUGCCACAGACCUUAGCAGGGCUGUCCCCUGGUGCACUGUUACAGCAGUACCAACAGUAUCAGCAGAGCCUGCAGGACUCCCUGCAAAAGCAGCAAAAGCAACAGCAAGAACAGCAGCAGAAACCAGUUCAGGCUAAGACAUCCAAAGUAGAAAAUGACCAGCCACAGAAUGCCAACGAUGCUUCAGAAACGAAGGAAGACAAAAGUACUGCUACAGAAAGCACAAAAGAAGAGCCCCAGUUAGAACCCAAAAGUGCAGACUUUUCAGACACUUACGUUGUUCCAUUCGUCAAGUAUGAGUUUAUAUGCAGAAAGUGCCAGAUGAUGUUUACUGAUGAAGACACCGCAGUAAAUCAUCAAAAGUCCUUCUGUUAUUUCGGUCAGCCUUUGAUUGGCCCACAAGAGACAGUGCUUCGUGUCCCAGUCAGCAAAUAUCAGUGUCUUGCCUGUGAUGUGGCUAUCAGUGGAAAUGAAGCACUUAGCCAACACCUCCAGUCAAGCUUGCACAAAGAGAAAACAAUCAAACAAGCAAUGAGAAAUGCCAAAGAGCAUGUUAGAUUAUUACCUCACUCAGUCUGCUCCCCUAAUCCUAACACCACAUCUACCUCACAGUCUGCAGCUUCUUCUAAUAACACCUAUCCUCAUCUUUCUUGCUUCUCCAUGAAGUCCUGGCCUAAUAUCCUUUUCCAAGCAUCUGCCAGGAGAGCUGCUUCUUCCCCUUCUUCUCCUCCUUCCCUAUCCUUGCCUUCAACGGUUACCUCAAGUUUGUGCAGCACCUCAGGGGUUCAAACCUCACUACCCACAGAAAGUUGUUCAGAUGAGUCUGACAGUGAGCUGAGCCAGAAGCUAGAAGACUUAGAUAAUUCUUUGGAAGUGAAAGCUAAGCCUGCUUCUGGCCUAGAUGGUAAUUUCAAUAGCAUCCGAAUGGAUAUGUUCAGCGUGUAGGAGUGAAGACAGGAUCCCGUGCUUAAAAAA